AUGCUGUUCUAUUUCCUCGCAGUGCAUGCACUACUGAACGCAGGGCUCACGAUGGCCAGGGCCGCGGCAUCAGCAAACGAGACUUCCUCCGUAUCUUCGUCGCCGGCAAGAACUACUCAGCCUUCCGCUACAUCCCUAGUCAUCUCGUCGAUCCUGGUCACCGCUACAAACGCGUCUGAUUCGAUAACUACGCCGACAUCGGCGACGUCAUUCUCUUCAUUACCUUCCUUCACACCACCUCCGCUCAAGCCUGGUCAGCUUCCCAACAGUUACCCUUCAAAUCCGAAUAUCACACUUCCUGGAAGCUUCGACGAGACAUGGCAAGAUGUCUUCCUUGUCACUCAAGGCUUGCCGAACAUCACGUUUGCGUUGCCGCGGAACUUUGCGGGAAACCUUCCUACAAAUACCCCAGGCCAUGCAAACAAUACCUUAUUCUUCUGGGCAAUGGAAAAUAAUAUUGGGUCCCUGACGGCGACUGCCGCGCAGCUGACCACCGUACCCUGGAUGAUCUGGUUGGGAGGAGGUGGCGGACCCGCAUCGCCCGCUUUGCUCACGUCGAUGAUUUCAAAUGGACCCAUGCUCCUUGAUAGGGAAGACUUCACCAUCUCGCAGAACGCGCAGAGCCUAGCGAAUCUUUUGGAUGUGGUCUGGGUUGAUCAACCCGUCGGAGUGGGGUACUCAACCGUCGACACUGAUGGCUACGCAAAAGAUGAGAACAAUGUCUUGAGUGACUUUAUCGGGUUCUUGACAAACCUGGCGGAAAUAUUUCCAAGUUUGGCCAAACGUCCCCUCAUUCUUGCCGGCGAGGAUUACGCGAGUACUUACAUUGCAUACAUCGCACAAGUCCUUGCAACCAUACAAUCGCCACCGGUACAACUCGCGACAGUGGCGAUGGGCAACCCCCUACUUGGAGACAUCUCCCUGUACGCAGACUUAUCAACGGUUAGUAUACUACAGUCCAUGCCUCAGCUCAUCAACUAUAAUGAGGGAGUGUACUCCGCCUUUGCAGCCAAAAGCCAUGCGUGCGGAUUCGACUUCAACUUGACAUAUCCUCAAGCGGAUGCGAUCCCAAACCUUGUCCCUGCACCGCGUCGCUCAUCCUUCUGGGCCACUUUCCGCAAUGAAUCCCAGGAGCCGAACGUAGUGCUUCGUAGGUCUGAGUCGCCGAAGAAGCGUCAGAGUCCGUCUCUCGGGAACGAACUCGACCCCUUCUACGGAUGCGCUCUCUUCGACGAGAUGAUCGACUAUGCUACCAACUUCUCUUCAUCUUGGGCUGCCACCGAUUCGUUUGACAUCUUUGACAUAUCCAACGCGCUCAGCCCCAAGCGGACCUUCGAUGGAGGUGUAUACUUCAACUCUCUUCAAGUGCGCGAAGCUCUACACGCCCCUUUCGUCAAGAACUGGACCUCUGUGGGCCUAUACCCCUUCGGUUCCACGCUUAAUACCUCGUCGACGGCGAACAUAUUCGGUGACCCAACUCCCAUGCCGUCAUCGCUUCUCGAUCCUCUACGCGAGAGCCUGUCCACCAAGAACAUCUCUCUGAUCCUCUACUCGGGAACGCUCAAUGCUAUCGCUUCACACCAUGCCCUCAGCGUGCUUAUCCAGAACACAACAUUUGGCUCCACGCGUGGCUUCACCCGUCAACCUUCUACUCCGCUGGUAGCGGACUCGGGUGCGACGGUGGGCAUAGUGCACACCGAAGGCGGCAUCACCUUCGCCAUGUUCGACGGCAUCGCUUCGCUAUGGCGCGACGAUCCCGGCUCUGCGUACGGGUUCUAUAGGGACUUCGUACUCGCACGCGGUACUCAAGGAUCACUCAGUGUAGAUGGAAGUGGACAGGAAACGGUGCUUGGUGGCGAGGAUGAGGGCGCGCGGGAAGACGUGCCUCGCGUCGCGAGCGAUAUAUUCGUGGGAGCGGGCGCAACGCAGGGCACGGUGGCUGCACCCAGCGCCACAGUGGCGGCAUGGGCAAGCUUUGUCGACGCGCAGCUUCCUCAGGCUACGACCUCUGCGGCUGGAAGGUCCAUGAUACAAAGAUGGGCGCCUGCACUCGCUCUUCUGGGGGCGAUUGUGCUCGCGUUCUAG